AUGAGCACGGAUCUAGAGCGCAUGUCGCUCAACUCGUCCUCGGCGAACUCCGUGGGCUCCACCGGCCGCUCGCUGUCGGCCAACGUGAAGAAGCUGCACAAUGCGCUUAACCUUCUGCUCAACGACUUCGAGCGGGAGCAGUUCAUCCACUGCCUCAACGUGUACCACUCUAAGCGCAACGUGUUCGACCUGGUCCAAACUCUUAAAGUCAUCCUCAACGCACCGAGUAAACGCCAGCUGCUUCCAAUGCUGCGGCUGGUUAUCCCGCGGUCGGACCAGCUUCUGUUCGACCAGUACACUUCGGAGGGCCUCUACUUGAAGUCGGACGUGCUGGCGAGCAACGGCAAUCCCGAAAGCCUCGGGGAAACUGCGAACGCAAACCUAACCCCGAUCCCUGUCGGGCACCUGUCUGUUCAGCCGGCGCAGCCUCACGCUCACGCCGCGCCGAGAGCGUCUCCGGAUAGUUUCAGCACCAGCAGCGAAGGAACAGCUCCCUUAGUGCCGCUCCUGGGAAGGGGUUUCCUGCAGGAGCCUCCUGGCGAGAUCCGACAAGUGUCUCUCAAGCGCAACAAGAGCAACGAGGGCUUGGGUUUCAGUAUUCGCGGCGGCUCGGAGCACGGAGUCGGGAUCUAUGUGUCACUGGUGGAGCCGGGGUCCUUGGCCGAAAAGGAGGGCCUAAGGGUCGGGGAUCAGAUUCUUAAAGUCAACGACAAAGUGUUCGACAGAGUCACGCACGCGGAAGCGGUGAAGGUCCUGAAAGGCAGUAAGAAGCUUUCGCUGUCAGUGCGCUCCGUGGGCCGGAUUCCAGGGGGUUAUGUCACCAACCAUGUGUACACCUGGGUGGACCCACAGGGACGCAGCGUGUCCCCACCCCCGGAUCUGCCAGAGCAUCGGAGCGCCACCCUACGCCGCACCGACAGCCAGAGGCGGAGUCACAUGCAGCUGCUGCAGGAGGGAGAUGAGAAGAAGGUGAACCUGGUUCUGGAUGAUGGCCGCUCCCUGGGGCUGAUGAUCAGGGGAGGGGCAGAGUACUCUCUGGGCAUCUACAUCACAGGGGUGGACCGUGGAUCUGCAGCAGAGUGUGGAGGACUCAAGAUCGGCGACCAGAUCCUGGAGGUGAACGGCCGCAGCUUCCUCGGCAUCCCCCACGACGAGGCCGUGCGGGUGCUCAAAUCCUCGCGCCACCUGAUGAUGACGGUGAAGGACGUGGGCCGCCUCCCGCACGCGCGCACCGUGGUGGGAGAGACCAAGUGGAUCAGCAGCUCCCAGAUCGCCGACAGCUCGGCCAGCAGCAGCGUGGCGGGUUUGUCUAUGGAUCAAGGUGCUUCAGCAGUAGGAAAGACGGUGUUCUACAAGGGCGUGGCUGGCUCCCAGGUAACCCUGUCCAGCCUGGUGAACCAGCCGCGGGCCAUGCUGGAGGAGCAGGCGCGCCACCUGCUGACCGAGCCGGAGAGACAGACCAUGGGCUACUACCUGGAGGAGUACCGGGACGGCCACAUCGGCGUGGAGCAGCUGGUCAUGGCCCUGUUCGAGCUGCUCAACACCCACGCCAAGUUCUCCCUGCUGUCUGAGGUGCGAGGUCUGGUGACCCCCCAGGAUUUGGAGCGCUUUGACGGGCUCGUGCUGCGCCGCGAGAUCCAGGCCCUGAAGGCCCGGCAGGGAGGGGCGGCCCCUCUUAACCACGACUCCUUCUCCAUGGUCUCCUACCCCGACACCCUCACCUCCUCCGCCAGCUACCUGACCUCCACCACCCUCAGCUCGGCGCGGGAGAGACUCCUCUGGUUGAUAGAUAUGAUGGAGAAUGAGAGCACGCUGGAAGGUAACAGUGAGGACCCACAGGAGUCUCUGGAUGGCCUGCCUGACAUUUCUCUGGACGAAGUGCAGUCCAGGGCCGACUCCCCUCCCUCCUUCAAACCCCCACCCCCCCCAGGGGCGCAGAGGCGCCCCAGCCGGCGAGAUCACCCCAAACGACCCUCCUCAGGGUCGAUCCAGUCAGGGCUGUAUUUUACCGCCCCGUCCCGCGUCUCCCACGACCCUCCCAUCCAGACUCACACAGUGUCAGACUCUCAGAAAAGGGAGGUAUCAGCCCCCCAGCUCUCCCUAGUGAACCAGCACCCAAUUGGGCCCUUCCCCCGAGUCCAGUCCCCAAGCAGGGCCAAACCUCCUCUGCCUUCCAGCACCCCGUCCCCUCCUCCACCCCCCUCACUCCCUGCCCCCACAGCCCCACCCACAAGCCCUGACAAGCCCAUCCCCUCCUCCCCUGCCUCCAAUCAGCACUUUGUUAUGGUGGAGGUGCACAGACCCAACGCCGAGCCAGACGUCAAUGAGGUCCGGCCACUUCCUCAAGCGAGAGGUACUACCCUGUCCCAGCUAUCGGACAGCGGACAGACCCUAAGUGAGGACAGCGGGGUGGACAUCGCUGAAUCAGGCAGGCUGAGCAAAGACAGCAGCCCCCGUCCCGCCAGGACGCGCCCCUCACGGGAGGCGCAGGGAGGGGAGGCUCUCUCCAAACCGCCUGGCUUAUUGGAGCCCACCUCCACCCUGGUGCGGGUGCCAAAGAGUGCCACCACCCUGGGCAUCGCCAUCGAGGGAGGCGCCAACACCCGCCAGCCUCUGCCUCGCAUCGUCACCAUACAGAGGGGUGGCUCCGCCCACAACUGCGGGCAGCUGAAGGUGGGUCAGGUGAUCCUGGAGGUGAACGGCGUGUCGCUGAGGGGGCGGGAGCACCGAGACGCUGCUCGCCUCAUCGCCGAGGCCUUCAAGACCAAAGAGAAGGACUACAUCGACUUCCUGGUCACCGAAUUCAAUGUUGCCCUGUAG